AUGACCCUAAGUGGUCCAGGUAUCAUGGUAACUCUAAAUGAGCUCAUUGCUAAGUUGCGAGUGAUAUUUGCCGAUGACAAUGUAGACGUCGAUGAAGUUAUGAGAGCAAUGGAAUCCUAUAAGAGCAAUAAAGCUGACUGGAGGCAUUUUGCAGUGUUUGACGAGCAUAAGUAUACCAGAAAUCUCGUGGAUGUCGGUAACGGCAAGUACAAUCUUAUGAUCUUGUGCUGGGGACCCGGUAUGGGGAGUAGUAUCCAUGAUCACACGGAUUCGCAUUGUUUUGUCAAAAUUCUGGAUGGAACGCUUUUGGAGACAAGGUAUGAUUGGCCCGAAGUGAAUGACAACGAAGCUCCUAUGAGGAAAAGUGGUGUGAACCGAUACGAGGAGAAUGGAGUCUCCUACAUGAGCGGUAGGUUAAUCUAUGCCUUUCAAUCUUUUUAUACACUUACAUCUCUCCAGAAACAGACACGUGGUAUUAAUACAAAAAUGGAACUUUCAGAUAAAUUGGGCCUUCAUCGAAUGGAAAAUCCUAGCCAUUCUGAUAGUGCUGUUUCCUUACACCUCUACAUUCCAGCUUAUGAAACCUGCAAUGCUUUCGAUGAGAGAACUGGUAAAAAGACAAAAUGCCAAGUGACCUUCUUUACGAAAUACGGCUGUAAG